AUGAAAUGUACAGUUUUAUUCCAUUUAUUCACAUAUAAUUAAAAAUUUAAGUUAAAUAGUCACUUUUUUUUUUUUACAUUUUUGUUAUUUUUCGUUAACCAGACACAUAAACUUAGCUAUGAAGCCACGUGAUUUAUUUAUUUUUUCCUUGGGUGAUUUACAUAGUUGGCAACAGUCCCGAAUUUUCAGAGACAGUCCAUGCAAAUUUGGGCUGUCCUGGGCAGUAAAUGGCUUGUGUACGCCCUCCCACUGUAAAUGGGUGGCCCUGCCCUAUUUGGGGCUGUUUUGUCCCAAAUUAUGGAUUUAAAUAUGACAUAUUUGCGCUUCUAGGGACCGGCGCAGACGCGGUGACUGAAGGUUACGUGAUUGCUCCCAUAGCGAGGUCACUCACACAGACAUCCAAUCGUUCAUCACUUUCACGCCUAAAACAAAUUGUAAAAAGAAAAAAAAAAUCUCUCUAUACAGAACGUCAGGUAAAUAAAAUACACAUAAAAAUAUCGAUAUUUUUGCCCGUAAAUGCUCACACAGUGAAAUAAACGGACUUUCUUAGAACAUGUCAGUUGUCUUCAAGGCACUGGUAUAUAUUCGGGAGCAGUACGGCAGCAGACAUUAUUGCCACAGGGCUGAAAAAAGCCUAGGGCCUCAUGUAUGAAGAGGACUGGAGAGGAAACGUCUUCUGGUUGCCCAUAGCAACAGUAACCACCAUUUUGCAGCACUGUAGAAAAUGAAAACUGAACUCUGGUUGCUAUGGACAACCAGACCCCUAGCAGUCCCUAUAAAUGAGACCUAGUGCAUUAUAACAAGGGACCUCCGAAGUGUGGCUUUCCAGCUGUUGUGAGACUACAACUCCCAGCAGAGGCCAUACCUAUGUAUCCUCACACCUGAUGCCGACCGGUGGCACCUGGAGGUGAAGAAGACCUGGGAGUGAGAAGUGUUAAGUGAGAAGGAGGCAUGAAUUUAUUUUUCAGGGGUCGAGAGUCUCAUUUUUUAUAAUUGUUUUGCCUGGUUUAGGGUUUAUGGGUUUUUUUUGGGCUUUAGUCUGGGGACGCGAUUAAUUUUAGGGUCGGGGGACAGGAUUCAUUUUGGAGUCUGAAUUCAUCUUAGCGUCUUCUCUAUGCAGCAUAUCAGGCACAUAUGGCGGCACAGUACAUCUACGGAGGCACAUAUGGCAGCACAGUACAUCUGUGGAGGCACAUGUGGCGGCACAGUACAUCUGUGGAGGCACAUAUGGCAGCACAGUACAUCUGUGGAGGCACAUAUGGCGGCACAGUACAUCUGUGGAGGCACAUGUGGCGGCACAGUACAUCUGUGGAGGCACAUAUGGCGGCACAGUACAUCUGUGGAGGCACAUAUGGCGGCACAGUACAUCUGUGGAGGCACAUAUGGCGGCACAGUACAUCUAUAGAGGCACAUAUGGCGGCACGGUACAUCUGUGGAGGCACAUAUGGCGGCACGGUACAUCUGUGGAGGCACAUAUGGCGGCACGGUACAUCUGUGGAGGCACAUAUGGCGGCACGGUGCAUCUAUGAAGGCACAUAUGGCGGCACGGUGCAUCUAUGGAGGCACAUAUGGCGGCACGGUACAUCUAUGGAUGCACAUAUGGCGGCACGGUGCAUCUAUGGAGACACAUACGACUUCACGGUACAUCUAUGGAGACACAUACGACUUCACGGUACAUCUAUGGAGGCACAUAUGGCGGCACAGUAUAUCUAUAAAUGCACAUACGAUGGCACAGUACAUCUAUGGAGGUACAUAUGGCUGCACAGCCUAUCUCUAGUAGUACAUAUGGUAACACACUAUAUCUCUGGGGGCAAAUAUGGCGGCACAGAAUAUCUCUGGGGUACAUUUGGUGGCACUGUAUACUUCUGGGGAAAUAUAUGGUGGUACAGUAUAUCUCUAGGGGAAACAGUAUAUCUCUGGGGACACAUAUGGUGGUACAGUAUAUCUUUGGAAGGAACAUAUGGGGGCACCAUAGGAUGCCAUCACAUAGUUGCCGACAGACCUGAAUUUGCAUGGACCGUCCCUAAUUUUCAGACACCGUACCUGCACAUUCGGGGUGUCCCGGGCCAAAAAUGGAUGGGGCUUAUGUAAACUCAGUCCUCAAAUGGGCAGUCCUGCACAGGUGUAGGGUGUUCCCAGGGGUUGUUUGUUCUGAAUUUGCCAAUUGCAAAGUUGCUAAGUAUGUUGUCAGGCAAUGCUAGGAGUCGUACUUCCACUGAAGCUGUGUGGGAAAUGUGGGAAAUGCACUGGGGGGGGGGCCACAGAAAUGUCUGCACCCCUGACUUCCAGCAAUAGACUGUCAGUCCACACUGAGGGUUGUAGUCGUGGGACAGCUGGAGUGCGACCAAUUGGAGACCAUUGCCUUAUACUAUCCACCUAUACCUGGAGGACCUAGUAUGGAAGCGGCCAUUUUGCCGUUGUAGGACUUUGAUCUAUCAAUACACUAGGGCUAUAGUGACAUCAUUGAGACCUGAGGACAAAAUGGCCGCCUCCAGCAUUAACUUCAAAAAGUAUUGUGCAAAUAAAGCAUUGAACCGCACGUGGUUGUAGUAUGUAACGCCAUGUUAAAGGGGUGAUCCGACUGUUUGUAUCUUCUGGAUAGGUCAUCAGCAUCUGAUCGGUGGGGGUCCUGGUAGGUCAUCAGUUACAGUCGGAUAACCCCUUAAGGAUAAAUAUGACCUUGCAAUGACCUUUAGCCCCCCCCCCCCAUCCCUUCAUUUAUGUCCAAAAUUAUGCUUUCAAUCCAUAAUGGUGAGAGAUGCUCCGUAAUUAGAGCGUCAUCUGUGUGACACAACUCUUCUUCAGGCUUCAUGCACACGACCAUAUGUAUUUUGCGGUCCGCAAAAAACACGGAUGACGUCCGUGUGCAUUCCGUAUUUUGCGGAACGGAACAGCCGGCCCCUAAUAGAACAGUCCUAUCCUUGU